AUGACCUGCUGCACCCUCACCCCUCUUGACCUCACCCUUCCCGGCCCGUCUCGUUACGCCCAGCAGUCGAUCGCGAUCGACAGCUCCUGCAAGACGUUCGCGCCGAUGGCUGCUCCUCUUGCCGCUCUGCCCCACCAGCAGCGCCUGCGAGCCGACACCCCUCCGCUCGACGACGAUGAGCUCGACUGCUUCAAGCCGUUUGACGGCCACAAGCCCAUCUACCGCGGCUGCAUUGACACGCAGCUGAAGCGCGUCCUCGACGACAUUGACAUUCACGGCUGCGAGGCCAACGGCGAGAAUGCCUUCUUCGUCGCCGACCUCUCCGAGGUGUAUCGCCAGCACCUGCGCUGGAUGCGUGCCCUCCCUCGCAUCGUUCCCUUCUACGCGGUCAAGUGCAACCCGGACCCGUACGUGCUGCAGCUGCUCGCUGCGCUCGGCACGGGCUUCGACUGCGCCUCCAACGGCGAGAUCGAAGCGGUGCUUAAGCUCGGCAUCAACCCUGCCCGGAUCAUCUACGCCAACCCAUGCAAGGCCGCGAGCUUUGUCCGCCACGCCGCCACCCACAACGUCGGCCUCACCACAUUCGACAACAUGGACGAGCUCGACAAGAUGAAGCGCUACCAUCCUUCGUGCAAGCUGGUGGUGCGGAUUUUGACCGACGACUCCAAGAGCGCCUGUCAGCUGGGGCUCAAGUUUGGCGCUCCGCUCGACUCGGUGCCUCGCCUGCUGCAGCGCGCACGGGAGCUGGAGCUCGAUGUAGUGGGUGUCAGCUUCCACGUUGGCUCUGGGUGUUAUGAUCCUGAUUCGUUCCGCGAUGCGGUCUACCGCGCACGUCGGGCGUUCGACAUGGGCAAGGAGGCAGGCUACACGUUCGACCUGCUCGACAUCGGCGGUGGGUUUGGGCACGACAAUUUUGAGAUGGUUGCCGGCGUGCUUGGUCCUGCCAUCGACCGCUACUUCCCUGACGACGACUUUGCCCCUGGCGGCAAGGAGGUGGAAGGCAAGCUCAACGGGCUGCGCAUCAUCGCUGAGCCAGGUCGAUUCUACGUCCACUCGGCCUUUGCGCUGGCGACCAACAUCAUCGCCGCCCGGCGAGGCGAGCCCUCCCCCGUCGGCGCCAUCGUCGAAGCCGUCGCUCCGACCAAACCUCAGGUCAUGUACUACCAGAACGACGGCCUGUACGGCUCGUUUAACUGCGUCAUCUUCGACCACGUCACGGUGCACCCGAAAGUGCUGACGCUGGGCUUCGAGUAUGCGUACCGACCGGAUCUCGAGGCGCCAGGGAGCGAGGACGAGCUUCAACCGUGCAGCGUCUGGGGCCCGACGUGCGACUCGAUCGACUGCGUCCGCGCACUCGUCCAUCUGCCCAAGGGGUUGAAGGUCGGCGAUUGGCUCGUGUACGAGAAUAUGGGUGCCUACACCAUCUGCGCCGCCAGCACGUUCAAUGGCAUCAGGAGGAGCGAGGUCCGCUACACCCUGGGCGCAGGGGAGGAUGCAGAGGUGGUUCGAGAGCUCAUGAUGUAG